AUGUCGCAAUCAGCGGCACUUAUUCGAGUAGCUAAACAUACUCUCGAUGGAACUGCUAUUUAUCCUCAUAAUGGACAAAAUACAAUUUAUUAUCAACCUUUUGAUUUAUCAUCGACAUCGUUGAAUCCUACUUCAACAACAAAAUAUUUAGCCUAUACUAUACAACGACCUCAUGAACAUCUCGUUCCACCGGCAAGUCAUCAUAUGCGAAUCAUUCGUCUACUUCCGAAUGAUCUUUCACCAUCGCCACCAACAAAAAUACUCGCUGUCACCUCUAACGAAGAAGAAAUGAACAACAAUAACAAUAAUAAUAAUCAUAACAAUAACAAUAACAACAACAAUAGUUCAUAUAAUCUUAGUAAUGGACAUCAAAAUGGCGAUAGCAAUGAAGUCAAAAAAGCACGAAUUGAAAAAAGUCCACCGUCUCGUGUUGUUCAUUUGAGAAAUAUCGAUGCAAGUGAAUUAGAAAUUGUACAAUUUGGUCUUUCAUUUGGUAAAAUUACCAAUGUACUUAAUUUACGAAAAAAAAAUCAAGCGUUUCUUGAAUUUGACAGUAUUGAACAUGCACAAGCCAUGACGGAUUAUUUUUCUUCAAUACCUAUUUUGUUAAAUGGUCGACAAAUAUUUGUACAAUUUUCAAAUCAUCAAGAAUUAAAGACCGAUCCAAAUAACGCAAAUAAUCAACAAGCACAAGCUGCACUUCAAUCAGCAACAACAUUACAAGAAAUCGGACGAACAGGUGGACAAAACUGUGUUCUACGCGUUGUUGUUAAUAAUAUGCUUUAUCCAGUUAAUGUCGAUACAUUUCAUCAAAUCUUUAGCAAAUUUGGUGUCGUUUUGAAAAUAAUUACUUUUACAAAAAAUGAUAAAUUUCAAGGAUUAUUACAAAUGAAAGAUGCUACAACUGCACAAUCUGCAAAAUUGAAUUUAAAUGGUCAAAAUAUUUAUAAUGGUUGUUGUACAUUGCAAAUUGACUUUUCAAAAUUACAUGCUUUAAAUGUUAAAUAUAAUAAUGAUAAAAGUCGAGAUUAUACAAAUCCGACAUUGCCAUCAAGUGAAAAUACGAAUGAACCAAUUUCGAUCGGUGCAAGAUAUUUAACAGGUAUUCCGAACGUUUAUGGUUCACCAUUGAUGGCAUUUACAGGAGCUCCAUUGACGACACUAUCAGCAAUGAACAAUGGUGCUAUUCAUUUUCCUACAUCAACAGCAGCCAUGUUAAAUGCAAGUCAAUUAGCUCAACAAUAUUCAGCAGCAAUUGCUUGUUCUAUGUCGAAUGGUAACAAUCCUGCUACAGCAUUGUUACAAGCAACAAAUACAGCACAAUCACAAUUGUCAUUAUCAUCGUUGCAACAACAUGCUCAUCAACAUGGCUCAACAGCAAGUCCGUACAUAUUUCUUUCAGCUCCAACAUCAUCUGAUGAGGUAUGUGGAAAUGGUGGUGGUACUAGUGUUGCUACUGGGAAAGCCACAACUCUAUCUUCACCUUCUGCUCUUUACUUUUACAACAACAACAGUACACCCACCAUGUACUCUGCUGACUUUCUGCGCUUGUGA